AUGAAGGAUUUGUGUAUAUUGAAAGAUUUCUUAGGCAUUGAGGUUGCUAGGAGCAAGGAAAAUAUUUUUUUGUCACAACGCAAACAUGCAUUGGAUGUAUUAACAGAAGCUGGCAUAUUAGGUUGUCAACCCAUUGACAUGCCUAUGGAGCAGAAUCAUCGCUUCGCUUCCGCCGAUGGGUCGCCAUAUCCGCAUCCUGACAGAUAUAGGCGCCUAGUUGGUCGCCUGGUCUAUCUGUCUGUUACUCGUCCUGAGUUAAUUUUGUCAUUAGAUGCUGCUCUUCGUGUUUUGCGUUAUCUAAGAGGAAUCCCUGGCCGGGGUAUUGUGUUGUGCCCUUUGGGUAAUAUGCAACUUACUGCAUUUUGUGACAAUGAUUGGGCUGCUUGUUCGUUGACUCGGCGUUCUGUUACAGGUUAUUUGGUGUUUUUGGGUCGUUUUCUUGUCUCUUGCUGGAAGACUAAGAAACAACCUACCGUAGCUCGUUCAUCUGCAGAGGCUGGGUAUAGGGCUAUGGCUGUUACUACUUGUGAGCUAAAGUAG